UAACUAGCUUUGCUAAAAGCAGCCAAUCUGCGGCGUCUAUAUAUAGAAGUUGAAUGAUCACAUGCCUAGUACUCUCAAAUAAAGAACGAUUUAUAGAAAAGCAAAUUCUACUUGUUUUAAGAUGGCAGUUCUACAAAACAAAAGCACUCUACUUGUUCUUUUGUUCCUCCUCUGCUUCUUCUCCUUCCAUAUCCAAGCUAGAGCACGGUUAUUGAAAGAAAAAAGCAACCAACAAACUAUUGCGGAGGUUAGCACAACUCAACAUAAUAAGGAAGCGCAUGUUGACCAAUUUAAGCCAAAGGAAGAGGAGGAGGUUAACGGUGGCGCUGAAGUGUUCUCAAUGGAUUAUUCUCCUGCCUCAAGGAAACCACCCAUUCACAAUUAAUUAGUUUGCAAUUUUGUGUAUAAUAAACUUCAUAUAUACUUUAGGAAAAUUAGAAUGAUAUUCAAGAGCAUGUUAUUCUAUUUUAUUACAGCGUUAUUAAUAUUAUGUAGAUCUAGAAUGCAAGGUAACCAUUUUUUGGCUAAAAUGAAA